AUGUUCAAAAUAAUGUUCAAAAGAUCUCUAGCGAUAAGUCCUCGCUACUAUCACUUUCUGUUUGGAAUUCUGUGCGGAUGGAUUCUUUCGAGGGUGAUACACGAUUUUUCAACGAUGGAGAACGGACUCGUGGACACUCAGUCUCCUAUUUUAAACAUUGCGGAAAGAGUUCGUGUGCUUUGUUGGGUAAUGACCACACCAGCCAACCAUCAGGAUAAAGUGAUCCACGUUAAAGCUACAUGGGGUGCACGUUGCAACAAGCUGCUGAUCAUGAGCUCCGUCGCUGAUUCCACAGUCGAUAGUAUUGCUCUGCCUGUUCACGAAGGCAGGGAAGGCCUCUGGAACAAGACACGCGAGGCGUUCCGAUAUAUUUAUACACAUCAUCUGGAGGAGUAUGAUUGGUUCUUCAAGGCGGAUGACGAUACGUACGUAGUGGUGGAGAAUCUUCGCUACUUUCUUUAUCCAUAUUCACCCGAGUUGCCGAUCUACUUUGGAAGUAAGUUCCGGUAUCCGCAGUAUGUGAAGCAGGGCUAUUUCUCUGGUGGUGCUGGGUACGUCCUUAGUCGGGAAGCAUUAAGACGCUUUUACGAACAAGCACUGCAGGAUGAGGAAAUUUGCUCGAAUGUUUACGAUACUGAGGAUCUUGAAAUGGGAAAAUGUAUGGAGAGUGUAAAUGUUACAGCAGGUGAUUCACGGGACCAUUUGGGCAGAAAGCGAUUCCUGCCCAUGGAUCCCAUCUACCAUCUGGCCGAACCAGAUGAUCCCAGCUUUUGGUACAAUGAAUACUCCUACUACAAACCCUUCUACGGGAGGAAUUGUUGCUCGGAUCUAGCGAUCAGCUUCCACUACAUACCGGGCAACCAUAUGUACAUGAUGGACUACCUGAUCUACGAUCUGCAUGCGUGGGGUUUAAACUAUCGGUAUCCACCAUUGGAUAAAGCGAAAACACUAGAAGAUAUAAGAACCGUUGCUGGACCUUACCCGUUUAGUACUUUACGUCCUCCAAUAGAGACGAAUACGAACGCAAUAAGCAUGGAAUCAAUGGACAAUGCAUCUUCUUCUAUUGCACCAUUGUGA